GCCUUUUGCUUUUCCGGAAACGCCACUGAUGUAAUCAUUCUGCGACCGAAGUCAAGGAACGAAGGACACCGAAAGAUGAUUGUCUAAGUUCUCUUGCACGAGCUAGACGCCUGCGUUGUCAACCUCCGAAGAGUAACUGCCCAUUAAGAUGCACCCUAGAUGUAGAUGAAGUUGGCCCCUGAACAUAUAAACGAUGCCUACAAAGGCAACCGUUGAAAAAAAUGACGCUCCAAUACCAAGCCCAGCAGAGGGGAACUACUACUGGGCCCGCUCCUUUCUCGCUGGCGGUGUUGCAGGAUGCUGUGCCAAAUCAACCAUUGCACCGCUGGACAGAGUGAAGAUAUUAUUGCAGGGGCAGAAUCCCCACUACAAACACCUGGGGGUCUUUGCCACUAUCUUCGCCGUACCAAAGAAAGAGGGUUUCCUCGGCUUGUACAAGGGGAAUGGAGCCAUGAUGGUCAGAAUAUUUCCAUACGGAGCCAUUCAGUUUAUGGCCUUUGACAAUUACAAGAAGCUGCUAAGCAAACGGCUUGGAAUAUCUGGACACAUACAUCGGCUUAUGGCUGGAUCUCUGGCUGGAAUAACAGCAGUCAUUUGCACUUACCCCUUGGAUGUCAUCCGUGCCCGGCUGGCAUUUCAAGUGACAGGGGAACACGGAUAUACAGGCAUUGUCAAUGCCUUCCAGACCAUCUACCGGAAGGAAGGAGGCGUUCCUGGGUUUUACAGAGGGUUAACGCCCACCAUCAUUGGCAUGGCUCCAUACGCUGGAUUCUCCUUUUUCACCUUCGGCACCCUGAAGACUUUGGGCUUGGCCCAUGCCCCGGAGCUGCUGGGACGCCCCUCCUCGGACAACCCCAACGUCCUGGUGCUGAAGACCCAAGUUAACCUGCUGUGCGGUGGCAUAGCCGGUGCCAUUGCACAGACCAUAUCCUAUCCUUUGGAUGUGGCUCGACGAAGGAUGCAGCUAGGAACCAUCCUCCCCGACUCUGAAAAAUGUCUUACUCUGGUCAAGACUUUAAAGUACGUGUACGGGCAGUACGGCCUGAAGAAGGGGCUGUACCGCGGCCUGUCACUCAACUACAUCCGCUGCGUGCCCUCCCAGGCCGUGGCCUUCACCACCUACGAGUUCAUGAAGCAGGUCUUGUACCUCAACUGACCUGGGCCAACCGAAAGACCCAGACCCCCACCGCCUCCCUGCCCAGGGGGCCGGUGCAGGAACCUGAGAGAGAGCACGAGAGAGAACGAGAUCGCGUGAGGACCGUUCCAGCCCAAACCCCGGGGACUUCACAACCGCCAUUCCACGGCAACUGCCCGCCUCAACCCGCCGCACACUGCACAUGAUAUUUCACCCGCAGUCCAAUAUAACCCAUAUAAGGCUACCUGUUAAGACGAUCUACCACAUAUCCAAAUAUAAGGCUAUUUAUACCAAAUUUGCUGUCUACAUGAACCUACAUACAUUAGCACUGAUGUCCAACACGCCUCUACGUAACCAUAAGUAGCGUGCUUAGAACUACAUGACAGACUUUGAACAAGUUGCUUAGCAGUCGUAUUCACUUGGAAGUGUGAAUGGUCAGAAGUUACUCAUAGUUAUAUUCAUAUUAGUGACAUGUUGAUGCUAACUUUAGUAGCUCUUGAUAGAUUUGUUCAUGUAGCCAGUGAUUUGUUUGUGGACUUGAUUGUUAGCUUCUUAUUUUGCUAGCUUUUUCCAGCCUGGAACUUAAUGAAAUGAUAUGACUGAUCUUUACAAUUUAUUUAUUUGUUGCAUUUCAGUAAAUUAAUUGAAUCAUCAGUUUUAAGUGUUGCUGCUGGUGUGUGCGUGUGUGUAUGUGAGAGUGGAACGAGGGGUGAUUUAUUUAAUUUGAAUGGUUUCCAGAUUCAGCUGAACUCUAUGAUGGUGGGGGCUGGAGUUGUGGGGGAAGUGGUCAUGUUCACAUCGCAGAAAAUGGCAGCCAUGGCUUCUCCACCCUGUUUUCACCCCUUUCGGGGGCCUCUCAGCAUUACAAGGCUCAUUGUGUGCUUUGAAUGUGCUAGCAUACAGCUGCCAUUUUCUCAUUAUUAGCUUGUAAUGCACUACGUCCUCUGAGACUUAGUGAAAAUCGAUAUGCUCUGGAUUUUCAAGCUCUUUCAUUUCAGAAAUUAUGAAUACAAUGUUGAAUUUUUAUUGAAGAACAAAGGGUUCAACUUUAAAUCCUCUCUUGUGGGGAUAUGGGGUCCAUUGUCAUUUGUAGUAUUGCUAUCCGGCUAUGUUAAGGUAUAGAAUUGAAAAAGCUAAAACAAUAUAAAAAAACUAAAUAUAUAAGAUUGUAGUUCAGGUUCUUUUAGAAGAUGCUGCUUUUCGAAGAAACGGGUUCUAAAUUCUAAAUAUCUUUCAAUCAAGAUCUGAAAAGUGCACUGUGUGACGUGAUAUCUGACAUUGAUUAAUUUGUAUAUCGAGAUUUGUGCUUGCAUUUAUUUUGCAUACAUUGGAAGUCUUAGCUAUUUAUUUUCAUUUCAGCUGUCAGGAAAGUUAAUACUUUACCUGAAGGGUAUUAACAGGUAUGCAUAUUUGUAAUGGACAAAUAUAUGGUUCCUUCGUAGUUAUUACUAUUUAAACAAAUUGGUCAUUUCCACUGCUUAUUAAUAAAUUAAACUAAUAAUAGUUUUAUUAGAAUCCUAGAAUCCUGGUUGAAUCAAUCAAGUCUUCUCUGCAACUUGGACGAAAAUGUCUUUCUAGAUAUGUGCUGACUGACAGUGGUGAAUAACUGCAGUGGACAGUGAACCGUAUCAUCUGGGAUAUAAGACCCUUUAGACUGAGAUAAAUAAAUAGUUAUAUAAAUAGUUUUAAUUGUAUAUAAAUAGUUUUCAUUUAUGAGCAAACUUAUUUCUAUGGAGGCGUUCAUAAAAAAGCACCAAACAAACACUGUGAACAUGAGACCAGAGGUAGAGCAGGACAUCUGUGUUGCCAUGGAGUAAUUGUCAAUAUGACUGGGUAAAAUAUGGGUACAUACUCUAAUAAGAUGUAGAAAAAAUGUUAAUGUUAUAUGACUAAUAUAUAGCAGGGAGGCUAAACCACCUUUUCACAUGUUUGCACAUGACUGAUUGUUGGUUUUUGUGUCUUUAUAUUUUACUUAAUUGAACUAGUAAACAAUGUUGGUAUACUCUACCAGACUUGUGUCGUUAUACAUGCAUAUAUACAAUACAGCAAAUAGUUACAAAUUUAGAUCUGAUGCUAAACAGGACUGUUAAUAUAUUGACAGUGGCUAUAUAUAUAUAUAUAUAUAUAUAUAUAUAUAUAUAUAUAUAGUUUGAUAAGUGUGACAAGUAAGUGUUUUAGGUGUCAUUGUGUAGUCUCAAAAAGUGAUUGAGCAUGGCCCCUUACAGAAAGAGAUUGGCCAUUUUAAGCUUACUAUUUAAUUAAUUAUCACUAAUAUUGUGAAUAAGGGGGCAUAGAAUCUGUAUUUUUUGUUCACUUGUUCUGGUGGCCAUUUUCCACAAAUUUUCCUCAUCUUCCCUUUUGUCUUAUCCAACCAAAGGACCUUUUCCAACCAACAGUUUUUGUGUUUCAGGAAAAGGGCAGCCUUUUUAUUUUUUGUGAGAAUCCACAUCUUCAUGCAUUCUUCGAUUUAUGUACAAUUCUUGUGAUUUAGUAAACCACAUGCAAUAAUUAAACCAUCUUUCAUCCAUAAAUUUUUGUAUUGAUGCUCAAAAUGCAUACAAUGUGAUUGGCCAUGGGAGCUACUGUUCUAAAAGAUUUAUUGAAUAAUAAAUAACUUUUUCAAUAUUUUCAGGUUUGAAUGUAGGCGUUGAUGGUCUGUUUCGGAGCUCCUCAUUGUUGACAUUUAAAUGCAAUUCGUUUUUUUUCCUUUUUGUUUUUCCACUGCAUUUAAAAUGUGCAAAUAUAUGUUGUAUUUUUUUUGAUUAUACCAAAGUGAGGCUACUCUUGGUUUUUUUUUUUUGUACAUUUCUGUCUUGCAUUAAAAUACAAGUUAUUUUGAAUGUACUGCAAAGUGUGGUCUUGUCACUCAAAGGUUUUUUGUAAUUAGAAUGUAUUAAAUUUAUUUUUGAAUGGCA